GGCUAACUUCAUUCCAGGAUUCUAGCCCUCCGGAUCAGAAUUGGUUUCACACCGACUGACAUCGAGCUGAAGCGCUAAAGCUGGAAAACAAAAAAAGCACAUACACACGCGAGAUGAAAAAGCCUCAAAAGGACACAAAAGUGAAGCGUGGCAAGCGCCACGCCCACACUCACACCCUUCCCAAGGCUCAGGGGCAGAACUUGGCGGCGGCGGAGGUGGAGAACGCCCGCAAGGCGGUGGAACGCAAACUGAUCUACCUGUCCGAAUCCAACCGGGCAAACGCCCCAAUCCGUCCGGGGAAACGCGGAACGGGCGGAGCGGCAGUGGGCGGGGCAGGGGGCGUCGGCUCAACUGACCACGGAGUCCAUCGACGCAAGCACGCCAAGAAGCCCCCACCACAGGUGCCACCUAAACCACCCAAACCACCCAAGGUCCAGGAGGAAACGAGCUCUCAAGAGAAAGCGGACACGUACGAAAAGCGGACACGCGGUGGUUACAAUGUGUAUCUGCAAUCUCCGCGCCGCAAUGGUUUGACGCCCCGGGAUUACGAGGCCGAGGCGGCGCAGAUGGCGGCCCUGCUGGCCGCCCAUCGAACUUCCAGCGGGACGACGACCAAGCCCGGCCAACAGCUGAAGGAUGAGGGCAAGGAGAGUGCUCAGGAGCUGGGCAACUAUGUGCAGCAUCACCAUCACCAGCUGCCCAGCUACUCGUGCCGCAUUUGCGGCGCAAUGUUCCACAUCCGAUCGCUGCUGGGUGCCCAUCGGUACACCCACGACCAUGACUUCGAGGCCCGCUUCCGGGGACGACGCCAGCGGGGCAGCGGCACCGCCGGCAGUCUGUGCAAGUUCUGCGACCGCAAGUUCGACCUGGAGCGCACGCUCCACAUCCACCAGCUGAGCAACUGCAAGCAGAUACCGCCGCAGCAGCACCGCAAGCUGGCCUUCACGGAACUGGCCCACGAGAAGAAGGCGCCGCUGCCCAGUUUCCAGCGCUGCACCCAGCACUCCCGUCACUCGGAUCACUCGAAUCACUCGAAUCACUCGCAACGCUCCCAUCGUCGCAAGCUGGGAAACAGGAACACCACCAACGUCAAAGCGAAGCAACAGCGGCUCCACAAGACCAUUCUGCAGGCGUCGGCGGUGCACGAGCGCUGGCGCUAAUCCCGGCCAGAAUCGAUCCGACCACUCGGCCAACUGGACCAACGCUUGCAACCCAAAAAAAAUACAUAGUUAAGUUAAGCAGACGUAGCCCUACUCAGCACCCAAUCACUCUGGCGUUGAAUAGUCACACUCAAUUUAUUGCGGCCAAUUACAACUAAAUUGAAAGUCUCUAAUAGCAUGAGCAAAGUCUUAUACUAGAUAAUCAUAAUACCAUGAUUAAAAGUAAUCAUCGAAACCUAAGAACUGUUAAAAUUGGGAAAUAUAUGAUCUGUGAUCUAACAAUA